AUGAAGUUGUUGGAAAAUGCUGUAUUUGAGUCGCUUACUAACACUUUGUUGGUUCAAGCCAGAGCAAUGCGAAUAGACGGGAGGUAUGUGGGAAAAUUUACGUUUGAAAAAUUUGUUGACAGUAGUUUAAUUACAUAUUAAUAUACAAAGUAGUUCACGUUUUGUGGAAUGUUUCCUAUUCUUGGGCAUUUUGACUGAGUUUGUUGCUGGACAGGUGAGAAAAUAUUAAAUAUCCAGCUAUUCUAUUAGAUGGUGUCAAAUGUCAAUUAAUUGUACAAAUUGUAAACAAAACAUUGUUGCCAAGUUAUUGUCAAUUUUUGAGGUCUUGUAAAUUUAUGUAAGCCCUGAACUGAAGAUAACAGGGCUGGUUGAUUAACAUUUCCAACCUGACAGAUUAGGACCCAUACACUCACAUGAACCAAAGCAAAUUUUAUAAAGAGUUGCACCCCUACCCCACCCCAGUCAGUAGUCACACUCAACCCACCCCAGUCAGUGUCACACUUACCCCACCCCAGUCAGUAGUCACACUCAAGCCCCACCCCACCUCAGUCAGUAGUCACACUUACCCCACAGAAAGUGGUCAUGCUGAAAUUUCAUUUUUUAAAAUUCAUUUUAACAAAUUUAUUUGGAUCAAAUUAUUACAAUAUAAGUUCACUAACCAGAAAAAAAGACUAUAUAUAGAAAUAAUUGGAUAGCUAUACUAUAUAUUAGCGAGUGAUCCAAAAUGGCACUUGAGGUACGAACAGGACUCUAGAAAUUGGUCCCAUGCAAGGCACCUGCCAGCAAAGUCACAAAUUAUUAAAUAUAUAUAUAUAUAUAUAUAUAUAUAUAUAUAUGUUACCAAAAUUACUAUGAAGGAGUGUACGAGAGAGAAGAAAGAAAUGUACAAACAGGGAAAGAAUGAGAGACGUGUCGACAAACACACACACACACAGAGAUACACACACACAUACACAACACACGCACACAAACGUAAGUCCUAUGGCAGGGACAGUCCCGAACCAAGGACCAGGUAAAGGAAGGGUGCACCCCCUUUGAAAAUAUAUACACCUUCUAUCACACCCAUGACCUGAACCUACCACCCACAGAGGUUGACAUCAACUGUCACUUACAAAAAAAUUGAUAAUUCAUGGCAUUUUUCAUCAUUCCUAUUCUGGCAACAUAUUUUUACAAAAUGGAAAUUUUCCAUACCAUCAUCACACACUAUGCCUCCAAACACUUGCAUUUCUUAGGUAUGGUAAGCUGCAUGGUACCUACCAAAUAAACAAUUUGCAUUUGUUCAUAUAUUCUAGGAUAGAGAGCUACUCUUGCAAGAUGGCUGGCAAUGACAAAAAACUUUACAAAAUGUUAAACCAAGAAGGCCAAAGUCCAAGUGAUCUUCAGGCAUUGUCACCCCCACAGACUGGGCAGCCAAGCAGUAUUUCACCCAAAAGAAGCAUGUAUUAUGGGUCGUACGAGAAUGAAAUGGCAGAUGCUUGCAGUAGGAAGAUGCUGUUCUAUUUAAUAUCCACCUUGAAUGCCUCGUUCCAGCCUGAUUACGACUUUAGCAAUGCAAAGUCCGAGGAAUUCAGUCGUGAACCAAACCUGCAGCUUGUGAUAGAUGCUAUUGAUAGUGGCUUAAGUGGUGUCCUUGAGGAGUCAUAUUGCCAGUUCAAACAUAAGCUCUGGAAUGCAAUUGAGGCAGAAAUUCAACUGGCUGACUGUAUUGUAUACAGGUAUUGGAAAGGUUUUGUCAUUGAUACAGUCAAGCCUGUCCUUACACCUCCCUAUUAUAGACGGUUUUAAGUGUCCAUGCAGACAUACAUAAUUCUCAUAUAUCUUAUCGAAAACCUCUAUACAACAAGCACUUCUCUAAUAUGGACACAGUUGUGUCCUUUCAGUAUUGAGUCCAACUGUAUCAGGUAAAGGUUACAUAAAAAAUAUGAAGAUAAACUCUACCUUAAAAUAUACUUAAUAGAUUCUUCUGCUUGGUGAGAAACAAUGAAUCGCCUUUCUUCCCCACAAUCAUCGCCAUAGCCUCAUUCUCCAACACGGCUCUUUCCACUGCCCUUCUCCAUGUUAUUACUGGUCACCCCCUCUUCAUUUGCUGGUUUGCCAUCUUUCAUUAUCCAUUCAUAACCCAGCCACAUCACUCUCAGUCUUCACUGACAAACCUUAGACUAGUCAGAGCUAAAUUCUCAAGUAUUUUCUUUCAGUUACAAUCCGGACCUCAAUUCAGAUCCUUAUGGUGAAGAAGGAUGUUUGUGGUCUUUCAACUACUUCUUUUACAACAAGAAAAUGAAAAGAAUUGUUUUCUUUACCUGUAGAGGAAUGUGGUAUGUUCAAUGUGAUUAUUAUGCAUUGGAUAAUAUAUACCAUACCUGUGUAAAGUUAAAUGGCUGUUCCAUUGCUAAAACAACAAUGCCCCUUCCACACACCCCUGGAAAUGUGUAUUCCUUCCCAAAAUAUACCCCACUCUUCCUGAAAACACGUACACCCUUUGGAAGAUGUCCAAUCUUCCUCCAAAAAUGUGCACUCCACACCAUAUACACCCCUACCUCCCAUGAAAAUACACCAUCAAAGAAAAUGUGCACCCUCCCCAUAGCCAAGAAAAAUGUCCCCACCCAAUUCAUGUAUAACCCCAAAUACUGUAGUUUAUCAGAAAAUGUGCACACCUCCAUGCGACCCUGAAAAAUGUGUACCCUCACCACACCCACAAAAAAUGCCCCUAUCCAAAUCAUGUGCCCCCCCUCCAUAUUUCUACAACCUACUUUUAUUCUAACUGCAGUUUAUCAGCUCAUGAUCCAAUGAAUGAAAGUGAUGAAGAACUGGAAUUUGAGAUGGAUCCUUUGGUUGAGUCUGAUUACUCCCAAGAUACAGAAAGGUAGGUUGACAACACAGCAAAAAGAGGCAUAAUAUGUCAACAGUUAAUUCACGAGGUACCAGUGACCUGACACAGGCGUAACGUCUUCAUUUAUAAUUUUAUACUGGAUAACACUGAUGAUGAUAAACUUUAUUUAACCACGCUAAUUUUGCUGGUUUCCAAAAUGGGCAUGUAAAAAACAUUAACAAAUUGUUACAAAUAAAGUAAUAAGGAAGUAUUAACAUCCUUGGCAGCCGUACACAGGAACAAACUUUCCUUGUCCAAAAGCUGGCAUGACAAGCUUUAGAACAAUGCUCCUUGGCUAGGAAAAAUUGUCCAAAAAGAUAAUCUGUUAUUGGUGUUACACCAGAAGGAAAUUAAUGUACCUGGAGAAAACCUGCGCUGUUAGAUGAUGCACGAAAUUAUAAUCAGAAUGGGAAUCUGACACGUUCACUGACCACUGUGGUUUCAUUCAUCCAAUGACAUCUUAUUUCCUCUAGACUUACUCCAAUGAUGGUGGCAUAG